AUUGCAGUGCCUGAACCAGAAGGUGAGCUGUCGAAUUCUCUCUUUCUCUUGUUCCCGAAGUUGCCCCCCAACUUUUUCCCCUCUUCCCUUGGCCUCUCUAAUUCUUCCCCUUUUCUGACUUUCUCCUUCUUUUAUUCUUUUGCGCGUUUUUCUUCUCAGUUUCUUUUUUAUUCAUUUUUCACUUUGCCUUUUAUUUGCUUUUUUGAGCUGCGGUUCUGCAUUCAGUCUCAGGUUCUUUCUUUGCAUUUGGAGCUGUGAAUCUGCUGUGCUCUACCCACCUGCCCCCAUCUCUCUCCUCUCUUAUCCCCUCCUCUUCUCUUACAUCCUCUCUUCUUAUCCUCACAACUUGAUUGACUGGCAGUUCUCUCAUAUUUUAUUUCUUUGUGAAUAGCCUUUUUUCCACAUACCACACGCCAUUUGCAUACACCAUGGCCAGUCCAGCCACCCAAUCAUUGAAGUGUGUAGUUACCGGUGAUGGUGCUGUUGGCAAGACAUGCCUCCUGAUCUCCUACACAACCAACGCCUUCCCCGGGGAAUACAUCCCAACCGUUUUCGAUAACUACACCGCGAGUGUGAUGGUGGAUGGUAGACCGAUUAGCUUGGGUUUGUGGGAUACCGCCGGCCAGGAGGAUUACGACCGUCUUAGACCGCUGUCCUACCCUCAGACCGAUGUCUUCCUUAUCUGUUUUUCCAUCGUCAGCCCUCCUUCUUUCGAUAACGUCAAAGCCAAGUGGUUUCCGGAAAUUGAACACCAUGCCCCUAACGUCCCUAUCAUCCUUGUCGGUACCAAGCUUGACUUGAGAGACGAUAAAGGGACCGCAGAAUCCCUCCGCGCACGAAAAAUGGAGCCCGUAUCCUACGAACAGGCGCUCGUCGUUGCCAAGGAGAUCCGCGCGCACAAGUACCUCGAAUGUUCGGCCCUUACACAGCGCAACCUGAAGAGCGUGUUUGAUGAAGCUAUCCGGGCCGUCCUCAAUCCUCGACCUGCUACGAAACCGAAGACCAAGAAGUGCAUGAUUCUGUAAAGGCUUUUCCCGUUUCGCGUCUAAUAUUUCCUCUCUCGAAACCUCUAAUCUAAACACUUAAUUCGGCGUCGGUGGGUCAUCUGGGGGUCCAUUUGUGUUUUAUUUUCCAGGUUGCCCCUCUAUCCAUGAUUUGGUUAUCGUCUUUGGGUCAUUGUUCAUUGUUACAUGAUAUCACUGCGGUCUGGUCUGUUUUGUCGUUUCUUCUAUUGAAGGUGGUCAUCUUUUCUUUUCUUCCCCCCCCCCCC